UCAGAAGUGGCAGAAGUUCAGGAGUCGGCAACAACGAGUGCAGCUUUAGAUGAGGAACCGGAACCGGAAGGCGAGAUCGAUAUACAGAUUCGGAAUGUAGUCUGCAAUUUUACUCUUCCUCUUCACAUUGAUUUACAUCGUGUUGCACUUCAUUCCGGAAAUGUUACUUUUGAUCGUGGUCGUGGGGUGCUUCUAAAGCAGAAGAGAGACCCAUCUUGUUUUGUCAAAGUUUAUAGCUCAGGAAAAAUUUAUAUCGUUGGUUGUCGAAGUGAAAGCGAAUGCAAGAGAGCUGCGAGAGGCGUUGGUCGGAUGGUACAGAAACGCAUGGGAAAAGUUGGAGAUUCUGUGCGGAUUCGUAACUAUAAAAUUUGCAAUGUGCUUGCUACUUGUAAAAUGCCCUUUGGGAUUAAAAUAGAGGAGCUGGCGAAAAAGUACCCCGAUCAGACUCAGUAUGAGCCUGAACUUAAGGUCGGGUUAGAUUGGAAAUGUAAUGACCCGAAGGCGACUUUACGCAUACACACUACAGGGAGUAUCACCGUGCUUGGAGCCGUUUCUGAGAAUGACGUCAUGAGGGCUAUUGAAAUUAUUUAUCCAGUCGUAAGAGAAUUCCGGUGUUCUUUACGUUCAAGGGAUUGUGUGGCAUCAAGGAAACGAAAGCAGUUGAUCAGGCGAAGCUCCAGUGAAGAGGACCUCUUCUUUGAUGUCAAAAGGGCGCCUCCACUGUUGAAGCAGGUCACUUUUUCGAGCCUUGCUUUUGUUAUUUAUUUUAUGUAA